AUGUCGAGUUUCAUCAGAAAAAAGCGAGUCACUGACCUGCUCAACGACCAGGCCCGAGCCCGACUCGUCGGUGGCCAUUACCGGAAUUUGAACUCCUGCGACCAACUUUCUGGUGAGGGUGAGUCCCCCUCACUAUCGUAUCUCGUCCACGGUUUCCUUGAAGAAGACACUUGCGUCUGUAGCGAGGACUCAGUGUUCGAUGACUCGGACUGUGACCGAGUCGACUCAGUAGACGACUCGUCCGACUCGGUGAGUGAUUCAUCCAGUGUCGCAAUCUCACCUUCCAUCACUACGGACCCUUACCGGAAUUUACUCAUUGCGCAUGUUACUGAGGGCGCGGAGAAGUUCGCGUUUUUGAGGGAGCAAAACGCAAUACUAUACCGGCGGAACGUGGCGGCGUUUCUCCGGGAGAGGCGGCACGACGCGGCGGUGUGCGAGACGGCAGGGGAUGCCUCAGGCGGGAGCCACGAGUUCAUCGACGUGGUCCAGCCGGGAGCCGCCACUUGGCGGUACUUCGUGGACCUCGACUUCCGCGCGCAGUUCGAGGUUGCCAGGCCCACGCGACAGUUCGCGGAGGUGAUGAACACCGUUCCCGGCAUAUUUGUCGGGCGCGCAGAGGAGCUGAAACGUACCGUUUCAACGCUAUGCGACGCGUUGAGGCGGUGUUUCAGGAGCAGGGGGCUUCCAGUUCCGCCGUGGAGGAAGAACCGGUUCAUGCAGAACAAGUGGUUCGGGCCGUGUCGUCGAACCAUGGACCCGGUUCGGCUAGCUGUAAACGGUGUUAGUUGCAAGUUGGUGGGGUUCAACGACGUCGUUUUGGAAGCUGGACGUGUUGUUCGGACAAGAUAA